GUGCGCGCGCCCCGCGACUCCAGCCCAGCGCUCGGAGCCGCUUUCGCUGCCACUGUCUGCUCCCCCGGGCCGCCGCCGCCGCCGCUUCCCCCCGCAGGCCCGGGGCUCUGUCCGCUGGGCCCGCGCUGCUCGCCCCGAGCCAGGAGAACGAGCUCGAGGAGGAUGCCUGGGCCCGUCCCGCGCGGCCCCGGGUGAGGCACGCCCGCGCGCCCGCCGGCGCCAUGGGAAGGAGCGGGCGCCGCUGCUGUGCCCCGCCGGCGCGCGCACGACUUGAGACCUGCCACGGGCAGCCCCCGGCCGCGGGUCCCCGAGUGACGCUGGCGGCACCUGAGAGUGUGGCGCGGGCCCGGGGCCACGCAGAGGAGCCCAGUGUCCAGUGAAGCGGCUGAGGACCCGCCGCCCGUGCCGCCGCCAUGGUGAUGUCCCAGGGCACCUACACGUUCCUCACGUGCUUCGCCGGCUUUUGGCUCAUCUGGGGUCUCAUCGUCCUGCUCUGCUGCUUCUGCAGCUUCCUGCGCCGCCGCCUCAAACGGCGCCAGGAGGAGCGACUGCGCGAGCAGAACCUGCGCGCCCUAGAGCUGGAGCCCCUCGAACUCGAGGGCAGUCUGGCCGGGAGCCCCCCGGGCCUGGCGCCGCCGCAGCCACCGCCGCACCGCAGUCGCCUGGAGGCGCCGGCGCACGCGCACUCGCAUCCGCACGUGCACGUGCACCCGCUGCUGCACCACGGGCCCGCGCAGCCGCACGCGCACCCGCAUCCACACCCACACUCGCACCACCACGCGCUCCCGCACCCGCCGCCUCCGCACCUGUCGGUGCCGCCACGGCCCUGGAGCUACCCGCGCCAAGCGGAAUCGGACAUGUCCAAGCCACCGUGUUACGAAGAGGCGGUGCUGAUGGCCGAGCCGCCGCCGCCCUACAGCGAGGUGCUCACGGACACGCGCGGCCUCUACCGCAAGAUCGUCACGCCCUUCCUGAGCCGCCGCGACAGCGCGGAAAAACAGGAGCAGCCGCCUCCCAGCUACAAGCCGCUCUUCCUGGACCGGGGCUACAACUCCGCGCUGCACCUGCCCAGCGCCCCUCGGCCCGCGCCGCCCUGCCCAGCCCUCUGCCUGCAGGCCGACCGUGGCCGCCGGGUCUUCCCCAGCUGGACCGACUCAGAGCUCAGCAGCCGCGAGCCACUGGAGCACGGAGCUUGGCGUCUGCCGGUCUCUAUCCCCUUGUUCGGGAGGACUACAGCCGUAUAGAGGGGCGCCCGGCGCCCCGGGCCCCACCGGCGGACUCCUGGCCUGACUGCGGGGCUUUUUAAAUGCUUCCCUGGACUGCGGGGAGGGGCGGGGGGAGGGAGGGAUUUCUUAUCCCGUUUGUUACAUUUUGAGGAUAAUAAAGGUGUGUGAUCUGGUUUGGUACA